CAAGAUGGAAUGAGAAAAAUAGUUAAGAUAGGAAGAAAAAAGAACAUAAGAGACCAUGGUGGCUUUAGAAGUGGUGAUUACAGUUGUUUCAAGUAGCUUGCUCGGCCUGCUUUUCCUUUUGGCUCUUGUAACAAUAUUUUACAAACUAUGGUGGACUCCUAAUCGGAUACAGAACUUAAUGGGUUCUCAAGGAAUCAAAGGUCCUUCUUACAAAUUCAUCUACGGCAACACCAAAGAAAUCUCCACCAUGAAAACUGAAGCCAUGGGCAGACCUAUGGGUUUGUCCCAUGACGUUUCCUCUAUAAUUCAGCCUCAUGUUCACCUGUGGAGUAACAAAUAUGGAAAGAAGUAUCUUCAGUGGCAUGGUCCUCAACCUCAAUUGAUCAUCACAGAAUCAGAGUUGAUAAAAGAGGUACUGGACAAUAAAAAAGGAGCUUAUCCAAAAGAAAAAGCGACAGGCUUUGUAAGAAGAUUAUUAGGGAAUGGACUUGUGACGAUCGAGAGUGGUGAAAAGUGGACCAAAAUGAGGAAACUAGCUAAUUACGCCUUCCAUGGAGACAGCUUAAAGAAUAUGGCUCCUGCAAUGGUUUCUAGUGUUGACAUGAUGCUAGAAAGGUGGAAAAAGUAUGAAGGCAAAGAGAUUGAACUGCUUGAAGAAUUUAGAUUGGUGACUUCAGAAAUGAUAUCAAGAACAGCAUUUGGGAGCAGUUACCUAGAAGGGGAGAAAAUUUUUGGUAUGUUGCAGAAGUUGUUCUUGUUAACAGCUAGAAAUACUUACAAACUCAAUUUUUCAUAUCUGGGAAAGUUCUUUAGUAGUAAAGACGACAUCGAAUCAGAGAUGCUUGAGCAAGAAAUAAAGAAUUGUGUAAUGGAGAUAAUUAAGAAAAGAGAAGAUAAGGUAACGAAUGGAGAGGAAGAUAGCUUUGGGAGUGAUUUUCUUGGUGUACUGAUCAAGGCUCACCAUGCUGCUGAGAAGAAUCAUAGAAUUUCAGUGAAUGAUUUGGUUGACGAGUGCAAAACAUUUUAUGUUGCCGGGCAGGAAACCACUAACACUUUACUUGCUUGGACUGUCUUCCUUCUAGCAGUACAUACAGAUUGGCAAGUGGAAGCAAGAAAGGAGGUGCUUGAUUUAUUUGGCCAAGAGAGACUAAACCCAGAUGGCAUUUCAAAACUGAAAACAAUGAGCAUGAUCCUUAAUGAGUGUAUGAGAUUAUAUCCUCCUGUUCUUGGGUUUGAAAGAAAAGUAGACAAGAAAGUGAGGCUAGGAGACAUCAUGCUUCCUGCUAAUCUUCAAAUCUACAUCUCUAGUUUGGCACUUCACCAUGAUCCUCAGAUAUGGGGACAAGAUGUUCAUGAGUUCAAGCCGGAGAGAUUCUCAGAAGGGAUUUUAAGAGCUACAAACAACAAUACAGCUGCCUUUUUACCAUUUGGAAAUGGACCUCGAAUCUGUGUGGGGACGAACUUUGCAUUCACAGAAGCAAAGAUUGCUCUUUCCAUGAUUCUACAACGCUACUCCUUUACCAUUUCCCCGGCCUACGUCCACUCACCGAUUCAGCUUCUUACACUUCAUGCUCAACAUGGAAUUCAAGUGAUACUGCAGCCGCUUUAA